CUAGCGGGUGCGCGCAGCUGUGAUUGUUGUGAAGAUGGCGGAGGAGGAGGCUGAGAAAGAAUACAACAGAAGAGAAGAAACCGUGGCCCUGAGAAAACGCUUCCAGGACUUAACCGCGGUGUUACGAGACAGCGCAGACUCGGCGUUAGACGCCUCCGCUAGCUUCUGCCACGGAUUUUGCCAGAUACUUGUGGAACAUGGAGGCCAGUGGAAGUCAGAGGAGGAUCCGUUGCCGUUGCUGGAGAUGUACACAGUGGCUAUACUGUGCUUUGCCGAGGCCACCCCCUUUCUUUACUCUGAAUGUGAACAUGUCACGGUUGUCCUUGAGAAGUUAGCUUUGAGUUGUCUGGAUUUUCUGCUCUCAUUCUCGGAGAACGUACCAUGCACCCUGUGGGAAGAAUUUCAGUCUUCUGUCAAGGUGGCACAUGGUAUUCUUCAGGACAGUGGGAAUUUGCAGCUUAGUACACUGAUGGCUCUGGCUAAUGAAAGUGGGGUUUGGACCAACAGCACUCUGUGUCACAUUCUGUCAAAUAACAUGCCUGAUGUUGAAAAAGUGCAUGAGUUCCUAGCUCGGGAAGGACCUACACUUCUUGAUAUGCGUAUAAAGCACCUUAUCAAACAGAAAUGUGUGGAAAAAGCGGCAGUGCUUGCAAAAACAUGUGCAGAGUUUCCUGUAUUUGGUGUAAAGAAGAAUUUUAGGCAGAUUUACCUUGUGUGUCUGUGUGAGACAAUGUCACAAGAAGAUCUCAUGCAAGAGAUAAAGGAGAUUGAUUGCAAAGAUGCUUUGGAUAUGAUUUGUAACUUAGAAUCUGAGGAAAAUGAAAAAGGUGCCCUAAGCCUUUGCACUGCUUUCUUCAAGCGCCAGCUUCUCCAAGGGGAUGUGUAUUGUGCCUGGGAACUUACACUGUUUUGGAGUAAGCUGUUGAUACGCCUUGAAUCAGUACAGGCCUUUUUGGAUCAAUGCAGACUGUUAGCACAACUAUCUGGCAGUGUUUACCAUAUUCUUCUUCUCAUCAAAGUUAUCCAAGCAGAGGUUCAGAAUGAAGGACUUCCAGUGUGCAUCGAAAUGUGCAUUCAAGCUCUGAAAAUAGGAGUGAGUGACAAUGAAGACUGCAACACAACCAUCUGCAAAACUAUUUCCUGCCUGUUGCCCUUAGACUUGGAAGUAAAGCGAGCAUGCCAGUUAACUGAGUUUCUUGUUAAGCCCACUGUGGAUUCCUACUAUGCGGUUGAAACACUCUUUAAUGAACCUGACCAGAAAAUUGAGGAGGAAAGUCUCCCAAUUCCAAAUUCACUACGCUGUGAUUUGUUAUUGGCCUUGAAGACACAGUGGCCUUUUGACCCCGAGUUUUGGGACUGGAAAACUCUAAAGCGUCAUUGCCUUGCUCUGAUGGGAGAGGAGGCAUCUAUUGUGUCCUCCAUCGACAAGUUAAAUGACAGUGAGGAAAAUGAAAUGCUGCUAGGUGUUCAUGAGAAUGAUUUCAAACAUCUGGAUUUUACUUUUAGUCCAACAAAUGAUAGUAUUGCCAUUGAAGCUGAGAGAAAGAAAAAAAGGGAAAUGAAAAAGUUAAGAGAAAAGGGUUUUGUGUCCGCAAGAUUUCGCAACUGGCAAGCUUAUAUGCAGUAUUGUGUAUUGUGCGAUAAGGAGUUCCUUGGGCACAGGAUAGUGAAGCAUGCAUUGAAGCAUGUCCAAGAUGGUAUUUUCCGUUGUCCGAUAUGUACUAAGACAUUUGAGACGAGAGCAAUUCUUGAGCCUCAUGUAGCAUCACAUGUGAAACAGUCGUGCAAAGAACGGCUUGCUGCUAUGAAUACAAAAGACAAAAAAUCGAGUUCUGACAAACCCUCGUUGACUGAUAGGAAAGAAGUCUGCAGCAAAUUGGCUGUAAAUGUUGGUCAGAAUGUUGGUCAGAAUGUUGGUCAGAAUGUUGGUCAGAAUGUGUGCCCUACCGUUGUAGGAACUUCAAACACUAAUUCUAGCACUGCUGGAAACGCUAAACCUAAAAUAUCCUCUCCAAAGCGAGGGAACCCUGUACGUGAUAUUGAAAACACUGAAGAUUGUUCUUGUCCUGUUACAAGCUGUCAGAAAGUAUUCAAGUACUUCAGAAAUUUGGUCGCACACGUUAAGGCUCACAAAAAUGAAGAAGAGGCUACACAUUUUCUUGAAGUACAAAGCCAGAAAGCAAUUUGCCAGUAUUGCCGCCGACAGUUCGUUAACAUGACUCACUUAAAUGAUCACUUGCAGAUGCAUUGUGGCGAGAAGCCGUAUUUCUGCAUUCAGCUGGGAUGCAAAUGCAGCUUUAACUCGCAUGCUGAACUUCUCAUGCACAGAAAGGUGCAUUCAGAAUUCCAGGCGCAGUGUAUGUUUCCAAACUGUGGGAGAGUAUUCAGUGAAGCUUAUUUACUCUAUGAUCAUGAAGCACAGCACUACAUCACGUUCAUCUGCAAAAAUGACAAUUGUGGCAAGAUCUUCUUCUCUCUGUCCCAACUGAAUCUACAUCAAAAAGAGCACAUGGGUCCCGAGGGCACCGAAGUCGAUGGCGUAAGCCUUCAAACUGAGACAGAGACCCCAAAUUCUUUGAACAUAGAGCAGACAACAAACCAAGUCAUUGAUGUUCCACAAGAUUCUAAUCUACAGAACAUGAAACGCUCUGAGAGCGUGUUCAUCUGCACUCAUGGCUCUGUAGAAGAGGCUGAUCGCUCUUUAUGUUACACAAGUGAAUCAUCAGUCACACAUGACCAGUCACCAGCUAGGGACCCUUCUGUUGCUCAGACUAAUGAGGCAUCUACGACUCCAAACACAGAUUGUGUGACGCAGUCUGGUGAUGAUUCUGAAAACCAGAUUACUCUUCGAUCAUGCUAUGUGAAAGUGAUGCCUAUUCCAAUCGAAUAUGAUGAUUCUGUUUUCUUGCAUGCUCUUAAGAGUUCUGAAGAUAUGAAUCAGUCCGUUUUGAAAGAUUCGAAGCUGUUUUGCUUCACUUGUAAACAGUAUGCACCGGAUCAAGAGACAUUCGAUUUACACAAUGGAACAGCAACAGAUGCAUAUGAACAGCAAUGGUCACAAAAUAAACUGGAAAACGCAGAAGGAAACCUCAUUCACGUCUGUCCGUUUGAGAUGUGCACGCGAAAAUAUAGCACGUCAAAAAGUUUGUCAAGGCAUGUUAAAAACGUGCAUAUCGAAGCUUUUGAGGAGUGGAAGCUUUCAAGGAAGUACAAGAGGAUUGCAGAAAUUGCUGCAAAGAAAUCUGACCCUAAACAUGCAAAUUGUCAGACUUCCAAAAAGCGGAUAAAGCCUUCUACAAAAGCAGGUCCUGGCCAGUUUCCAGACGUCCAGCAGGUGAAGCUUCAGGCGGAUGGUACAGCUGCAAAUCCUGUUCCGCAUGUUUCUGCUCCUGGAAACGCACAAUCAUCUGGUGCCAAAUUUUGCCCUCAGUUUGGAAGAGCUCAGAAUGAAACUCCACUAACUGAGACUCCGCUCAUGCAGCCACAGAUAGCUCAGCCAUGGACUUCAACUUCAUUUGAUGGAUAUAAUUCUGAUUACUCUUUGCAGAAUAACUUUCCCACAAUGAUCAUGCCUGAUGGCGUACAGCAGGCUUAUCCAUUAUACCUAUCAAACACUGACCUACUGUCAGAAAGAGACGUGGAUUACGCUCCUACUUCAUCUGAUGACGGGACCACACUAUCGACAGGAAACAUGGAUUCACACAUGAGUGUGAUGAAUGAAGCUUCUAAAUAUGUGUCGAACUCCUUAAGGGUGUUACAUGCUCUUAAUAGUGAUCAGACAUGUGAAAUGUCACAAAUGGCAUCAAAUGAAGAACUUGGAUAUAUGCAGAUCAGACAAAACAAUAAUAGCGUUGCUACAACCGAUGUUAGUGAUUUGCAUUCUGUGCCAGAACAGAAUUUCAACCCAUAUUUUUCAUCUUAUCCAGCAGAGACAUGUUCCACUUCAGAACAACCUCGGUUAAAGCCAGAAAAAGAAUACACAGUCAGUGAUGCUAAUCCGCUGUUCUCAUCAGAAGGUAAAACUCAAACCCAUUUUGUAUCGCCAAUUUGCAAAAAAGAACCAGAAUGUUUUUCUGUUUCAAAUGCCAGUACUACAACAAUGAAAAAUGAACAGAAUAAUGAUGUAGUGGCACAAGAAAUGUCCCCAGUGACAAGUGAAGACAUUUCUUGUGGUGAGAAAAGUGUUACAAGUCCUGGCGAAAGCAUAAAAAUGAAGAAAAUUAGAUCAUCAAAGAGGACUAAGUGGCCUGCAAUAAUAAAGGACGGAAAAGUCAUUUGCUGCAGGUGUUACAGGGAGUUCACCAGCACCAAGUCCCUUGGAGGACACUUAUCUAAGCGCUCUCAGUGCAAACCGUUGGAUGAAGUUGAUCUAACUGCUGAUUUGCCUACAUCAUUUCUUGAUUUUCUGAACGAUCCAGAUAUUUCAAGCAUUCCGAUCCCUCUUCCAAGAACCGACCUGCAAGGCCAAGAUUCUCAGUCACUUGUACAGCAGCAGUCCGAAUCAGAAGUCCUCAAUAGUAACAGUUUUACAGACAUCGAUAGCCCAAAUUACAGUCUUCAAAACGGCCACCUGUCAUCUGGAGACGCAUCUGAAAGUCCUUUUAUAGGCCCUCAUAAUCAGAGUGAAGGUUCUUCAAGUGUGCCAUCUUUAAAAAUUCUUGAUUUGCCGGAAACUGACACUGAAAAGAACCUUAAUGCUGAAAUAUCCUCUACAUCCCCUGUUGAAGAUGGCAACAUUUUAGAAAUUGAGCGGGCAUUACAACGCCUAGAUUUAGUUGAUGGAGUCAACCAAGACACCCUGAAAGUUGGAACACCUGUCUUGCAAAAUCUUACACCUGUCACUAAAACAACAACCAAGGCCUGUAAUAAGACAAAAAGUGAAGCAGAAAGUCAAGAACUUAAGAAUGUUCUUAAACCAUUUAGAUGUACUGAACAUAACUGUGUCUAUGGUGCAAUGACAAAGGAAGCCUUAUUUAAACACUUAGUCAGAGUACAUGAAUUUACUGAAGAAAAGGUAAAUGAACUGAAGAGAAACCCAGACAGAUUAUCACCAUAUGUUUGUCACAUGUGCUCGAAGACAUUUACCAGAACCACAGGCCUUAAAAUCCACUAUAAAAAUGUACAUCAUUUGUCACGGGAGGAAAUAUCUAAAUUAAAAAUUGGCCGACAGAGCAGAAAACCUAAAGUGUCUAACUCUGCAUCAAAAGAUGAGCCUAAGAACCUUGCCAGCCCUCAGACUGUAACUUUAGGCACGGCAAGCUCUAAUAUAAAAAGUCAACCAGCUGGAAAAAAGCAAUGUCUUCAUCAAGUUGCCCUAACAAGUAGUGCCAAAAGUCCAGCUACAGCUGUGUUACAGAAAAAUCCAGGCCCAGUUAUAAUCUCAGAAGAGGAUUUAAAACCCCUGCAGGUUCCGUGUCGCAUUGAAGAUAACUUAAGUGUGCAGAGUUCAACUAUAGAUGUUAAACAAGAACUAGCAGUUGGAAACUCUAUUCCUCUUGAAAAACACUCUGUUUUGGAGCAAGCUACCAAUUCGUCAUUUAUACAUGUGGGAGAAAGCAUGACCGAACAAACGGACAAGCCAAAAAAAACGAAACCUAAAAAAGAGAAACCACAAAAAAAGAUUGUUCCCAAAGUUGAGUCUCUUGAGGCAACUGAUGAUGUUAGUUUGUACAGGCCAUAUCGGUGUGUCCAUGAAGGAUGUGUAGCAGCUUUUUCUAUACAGCACAACCUUAUUCUGCAUUACAAAGCGAUGCAUCAGUCCGAGUUAUUAGACGAAGCGAAUGAAAAUGUCAGUGGUGAUCAUGGUGCUGGUCCUACUCGUGUCCAUGAAUUCAAAUGCCAAGUGAAAGAAUGUUCAAAAGUUGUCUCUAAAGUUACAAGCUUACUCAAGCACUAUCUUUUGCUUCACAGAUGCACGCUAGAAAAAGCUAGUGCUUUGCUGUCUGGUAUUGAGGUCGGGAAAUUCCAGUGUGAUCAGUCAAAAUGCUCUGCAAAUUUCACAUGUCAUCUCAAAUACAUUGAUCAUAUUAAAAAUGACCACAAAGCAAUAAGAGUUUCUGCGGAUGGAGAUUUUGAAAGUGUUGACCUCACUUUCAAGUGUGAAUACGAGGGUUGUGACAGGGUCUAUACCACAAAGUCAAAUCUUUUACGACAUUUCAUGAAAAAACAUCAAGCAACUUUUGAAACCCUUAAACAGAAACAAAAAAAGUGUGAGGCAGAAACUGAAACUGCGAAAACGCUUGACGCAAAUCCUAACGAUGGGAAGGAGAAUAUAUCAAGUAACAAGGUCAAACUGAAAAAGAAAAAUUCAAAAAAAAAGGAGGAAAAAGCCCGUAAUCACUGGACAAGCUUCGGAAAGCCCUCCUUGAAGUCCAUGGAUGAGGCAUCUGCCAUGUGCACUGGCCAGUUUCCUCUACAAUACCCAUGUAUGAUUAAGGGCUGCGAUUCGGUCUCAAAUACAGAGCGUAAUAUAGUUACACAUUAUACUACUCAUGGUCUCUCAGAACGCUACAUUGAGAAUCAGAGAAGCCAUUUUAUAUUCUGUAAGAAAAACUCACGAUUAAGGAACAAAGAAGGAAGCAAAGUGGAUGAAUUUUCGUCAGACACGACUGAGGGUGAAAAGGCUAAUUCUGAUGAAAAUACUGAUCUUGUUCAAAGGUCUGAUGAUCAGCAGGAGGUGGAGCCUUUGGAAACAGUUGAUCCUACCCCAGAGGCUGAGCCCUCAGAAAAGGAAAAUCCUCAGCAAAUCGCCGAACCAACACAAAUGACUGAUUCUCAGCAAAAUGCUGAUCCUGUGGACUCUAUGGUUAUUUCCCAGGAUCUAGAGUAUGAAAACAAAGCUCCUCCUAAAACUGAGCAACAGACUUUGGCGAACCCUACACCCGCCCCAGUACUGUUGAAACGCAAAAGGGGCCGGCCACGAAAGUCAGAACAGACACUAAAAGUUGCUCCGGAACGGAGACAAAGUCUUAGACACACCACUACAGAUGGCAGUGAUGUCACAAAAGUUUUGGAAUCUACAUCCAACUCUGUUGCCCAUUACCAGGAACAGACAGAGAGUGGAGUUGCACAAAAGCUUUUCAGUCCUUUAGGGUUUAAGGCAUCAAUACUUAAAUUAUUUGAAGAGCCUCCGUCGACAAAUACUUUCAAGAGGAAAUCAACUGAAAGUGAUUGGACUGAUAAGCCAUUAAAACGAAAACAAAAAAAUCUAAAUGCUAACAGGAUCUAUAAAAGCUCUAUGUUUCUGAAGAAAGGCAGGGACCAAAAUAUGGUUCAUUUUCGAAAUCCUCUCAAGCUAGAGUCUGUCAAUAACGUUAAAAUUGUUAUGGAUGGAAGUUUUUCCAAUGGUGCUGAUCUUUUGCUGAAACAACUUCAGGACAUGCGGCCUACAGUCAUCCUGAAAAAGUGGCUGUGCAGUUGAUGACUGGCUGUGAGACUGAUGUCUCUGUCUCUUUUCAGAGCUUUGCACUCAGGAUUAGAUAAUGUUACAUGCUGCAGACAGGUACAUCAGCUAACAGUUUGUCUGAGGUUUUUCGAGCAUUUCAUUUGAUUUGGAAAGACUGAAAAGACAGAUUCUUAUACAAAAUAUUAAUUUUACAUUUUGAGAUACCAUUAUGUACAUUAGGGUUUAAAUGUUAUGUAGAAACAUAUUUGUAUUUAUGAAGUCAGUUCUCUUUUAAAGCUUAGCAUUUGCUAAAUGUAAUAUUUUACACACAUGCUGAAAAAAAAAGUUUUGAUAUAUCCCUAUGGGAUCCGUUUCUUUUUUAAGUAUAUAUUUAUUUUUUACUUCACUGUAGUGUAUAGUAAUGUAUAUGUCUUCCACACAAUAUUCAAUAAAAGUAACC